AUAUUGCACCGAAAAAUCGAUGCAAUUGCUGAGUUGCGAGUCCAAAAUAUGAGGGAGAAAUUCAAAAUGGAGUCCAGCCCAAAACUCUUGGGAUCUUAAAAAAAUCUGAAGCCCGCAAAAAAUCAAAAUAGCAACUCCUCAACGCACGAAACCGUAGUUUCAGCAUCAUCAAUCCAUUUGCUUCUUCCGCAAUUCUUCGAUGAUUCGUAAUUCUCUGAUGAGUUUGGAUCGAUAAUUUCAGAACCCGGUUCCUCAGAAGGUGGUUUUUUGCUGAGCUUCUGCAAUGUUGAUUUAUCAAUGUGAAAGCUGGUGAAAUUUAUCAAAAGUAUGAAUUGUGGGGAAAGCUUUUCAAAUGUGGAUUGCUCAAAUAUGGAGAUAGAGUCCCUUCUUCAAUCAGUUGAACCAUCAUUGAUACCUGGAAUUCCAGACGACGUUGCACUCUCUUGCUUGGCAAGAGUUCCUCGAAAGUACCAUCCAGUUCUCAACUGUGUUUCGAAGAGAUGGAGGUAUCUGGUUGCAAGUGAAGAGUGGUUUUGGUACAGGCUGAGACACCACCUGGAAGAGACUUGGAUUUAUUCUCUUUGCAGAGACAAGUCGGAGCAACUUUGCAUAUAUGCUUUAGACCCCAAUCAAUUUAGAAGAGGUUGGAGGCGAAUUCAUGGCCUUCCGGGUAGCUUCCUGAGGAGGAAAGGCGUUGGGUUUGAAGUAUUGGGCAAGAGAAUUUACUUGUUUGGAGGUUGUGGUUGGAUUGAGGAUGCCACGGAUGAAGUCUACUCUUAUGACGCUUCCAUGAACACAUGGGCUAGAGCCGCUCCCUUAUCCACUGCUAGGUGCUUUUUUGCAUAUGAAGCAUUAGAUGGGAAAAUCUAUGCUAUUGGUGGGCUUGGAUCAAAUUCGAGCGAUCAGCAUUCCUGGGACAUAUACGACAGCCAGACGAGUUCUUGGAGCUCUCAUGUGGAUCCAAAUGUCAUACCUGACAUUGAAGACUCAGUUGUCAUGGAUGGCAAGAUUUACAUACGAGCUCGUAUCUCAGCUGCAUCCUCCCAAGUGAAUGCUGUCGUGUACGACCCCUCCAAUCGGACUUGGCAGCUGGCUGAUGCUGACGUGGCGUGUUGGUGUGGUCCAGCUGUCGUGGUAGAUGGUAUCUUAUAUGUACUAGACCAGAACUCGGGGGUGAGAUUGAUGAUGUGGCAGAAGGAUAGGAGAGCGUGGAUAGGUCUACGGAGAUUCUCCGAGCACCUCGUACGCCCCCCUUGCCGGCUCGUGGCUGUCGGGAAGAAGAUCUUUGUUGUUGGGAGGGGACUCAACACUGUGAUGUUUGAUGUUGAGAGUGCAAGCUGUGUAGAUGGUGUGCUGGUGAGUUCUUCUGUCUUGAAACUUGAUUGUGAUGAUGAAGUCAUAAGCUGUAAAUCUCUUGCAAUUUGAGUUUCUUCUCAUAAAUGUAAUCUUUAUUUUCCCUUUGUAACAGAAUUUAUCAUCGAGUGUGAUCAAUUAAUAUUCAAAUUAUAAUA